UAGAUCCAGAUCUGAGAUCUGUCAAUCAAUAGGAAUGAGUCUGUAAGACGAGACAUUGACACACAACAAUGGCAAUUGGAAGAGUUGACAGGUUUGACCUUUCACCCAAGAGUCUUUGUAAACCCCGAGGUGAUGUUGACGAUAGUGAAGUUGGGGAAAUAGACAACUCUGAUGUCACCCUGAAGAAACUCACUGGGCUUCUGUGUACGUCAGAGCUCAGCGAUUUGGAGCUGCUUGUUGGCCACAAGGUGUUCCAUGUCCACAAACUGAUACUCUGUAUGUCUAGUGAAGUUCUCCGGGUCAUGUUGACCAACCCUAAGUGGCCUGAGUUUUACAAAGAUCGUAUUUUAUUAAAGGAAGAGCCAGAAUGUGUGGCAGUAUUUGAUAAAUUCCUUAAGUACUUGUAUUCGGGACUGGUGGAGCUUUCCCCGGAGUCUGCAUUGCCACUUCUCAUGCUGGCUGAUAAGUAUGGAGUGACAGAAAUGAGCCAGCUGUGUAUAGAGUACAUGUGUGCCAAGUGUAUACCAGCUAUUCGCAAAGGACACAUCGUGUCAUGGCUGCGCUACGCCCACCUCUGCGCUCAUCAGGACCUAGAGAAGAUCUGCCAGGAUAUGAUAUUGUGGAAUUUUAAACUGGUGACAGUGGCAUCUGACUUUGUAACUAUGCACAAGGAAACUCUGAUGGACUUCCUGAAAUCUUCAGAUAUUGUGAUACAUGACGAGUAUGUAUUGUACUGUGCCGUGAAAAAAUGGCUGCUUUCUCAGAAAGUUACCUGUAACAUGUCCAUGCCGUGUUUUCAGAAGCUCAUUUUAGAAACUUUGUGUUACAUAAGGUUUCCUUUCCUGUCUCUCCCACAGCUCAAGGUGUUGCAUCUGGAUGAACUGGCCCAGGUGGCAAAGCAGUUCUUUGAGGAGAAGAUAACUCUUGGUAUAAAAUACCAUUCUCAACCAGCAGAUGCGAGAGUUGUGUUUGAAAGCAGCAGUCGUAAGACAGAGCACUAUUUUCCCCGCAGUUACACAAGCGAGAUGUGGAAUACAGUUCUGGUGAUGGAGAACUACAGCUGCCUGUACCAGCAUGUGAUGAGGCUGAUGUAUUUCUCCAGCCCAGUGAGCGGCUCCAUCGCUGAUGACAACAUCCAGUGGGAGUGGCAGAUGGAACUGUACCCAAAAGGGGUGCAUUUUGGACAGUUCAUGAUGAUUGGACUGCAGGAGAACCACAUGGCACCAGAGGCCGUGUACAAUAUGGUUCGCCUCUCCAUAAAGGCAGAGACCCCAGAGAGGAAGCACGUGGAAAUGUCUGUGUUGGUAGCCGCCUGUGAAGGUGGCAUGGAAUAUGUGCGACACGUAGUGAAACGGCGUUUUGUCUUUGACCAAGACUCAGCAGUUUGCAAUUUUGACCAUCUUAUACCUUACACGGAACUCAAUUCUGACCCAGACACCUCUAUGUUCAUGACAGGUGAGGACAAGAAUGCCUUCAAGGUGAUGAUCAUCAUUAAGCCUUUAGUAGUUAGAUGAUAAUGGCUCAGUCCUUCCCUCUACAAGCCCUGUCAGUUUGUGUGUGUGUUAUACUAUCACAUUCAUGUAGCUAUCACUGGAGGUAGCUAUCAUAAAGGAAGCUUUCUGUUUUGGAAAUUUGUUUGUAUUCUUUAAAGAUUUGUCCACAGCAGAUUAUUUAACUGUGUCUUUAUGUAGCAAUCUGCAUCACAACUGUAAAUGUACCUACUGUUCCACUACUGCCAUGAUCUCAUCUGGAUUUGGGAAUUUGCUCAUUGUGAGGCGAUGUGGUUGGCAGUAAAAAGCAGGAUGUGAUUUUUCUCAUGCACAUGUAAGUUAUUUCAGUAAGAUGUUUAUGACUAAAGAUAUUGUUUGAUUGUCAUCAAAGCAUCUUGUCUUUAGCAUUCCUAGGCUUCGUGUUAUUUACAUGAAAAUCAGUUAUAUUAAUUUUGGCUUCAUAUUUUCAUCAUUAAACAUUAAUGAAGAUUCACAUGAAACUGCCAGUAAUUAAAGCUGGGAGAAUAGCCACAUUUUACAACUGAUACGAUAAUCAGUCAGAAAUAAUGCAUGAAAGGGUUAGUCUUGUUAUUACUGUAUCAUUUCUGCGACACAGGAUGGUAAGAAGUCACUCAGUUAAUUAGCCCUCUACCUAUAUAGUCUUUCCAUUUUAAGACAGUACAGUAUUUCUAUUUUAAGACAGUAUUUCUUUUUUCCGUCCAAAUGAUUAUGUAUGUAAAAUGCUGUUUGUUUAUUUUGUUACCAUGUGAAGCUUAUAUUGUUAUGUUAACAACCAUUUACUGCAUAAUGUACAAAAUAUGCCUUAUUUGAAAGCUGAAAUAUAUACAUGGUGUAUUGGCAUGCAUAGCACACGGGAAUGUGGUAUCUCCACUUGAUGCAGAAUUCUCAGUGUCAGUUUUGCGGCUACAUGGAUCAGUCUCUUGCGUAAAUGUCUUGCAUCUGUUACUUCCUGGAAUUAAUAUUUAUAUGAAUGAAGGCCAAAAAACUUGGCCAAGUGAAUCUUACUACCCACCUAUAUUUCAUAAAUUCCUUCAUAUUCACAUUUAAGACCUCAUCGUCUGUAUAUUCAGGGGUGAAUUACCAGAGUGCAGGUGAAGAAGAUCACAUUAUAUUGCAGUUUAAGCUGCCUCAAAAGAACUGAUAGAGUUCGAUAACUCUGAACCUUCCCCUCACAGUUGAAAUAGAAACACAGACUUC